CACCACGUUUGGAGACAACGAGGAAUCGUAUUGCCAAAACGCACACCCAUCUUGCUACAAUUCUGUAACCGUUGAAAUAGUAUCGUACUCUUCCUAAGUUAUUGUCUCUCUGCUCUGCAUCUCCAUUUCCACCUAUUCUUUCUUUUUUUUUUUUCUUUUUUUUAGUCAUGGUGGUCAAUCAAAUUAAUUGUCUCUCUUUUUAUCCUGGCUUCAACGCUUAAGCUAUCUGAUACUGUUUCACUUAGAUUUCCUGUUUGAUCGUAAAAGAAAUAGAAAAGAAAGAAGAAAAGUAAUUAAAAAUGGAUGAUGACUUUCUGCCCAGCCUUCUUUGCCAAGAAAGUGAGACAUGUUUGGAUGAAGAAUUUGAAGAUGAAGAUACAUUCGUCAACUUUAAUACCAACUAUACCGCUUCGGAGGAAGACUAUGUUGAAAUGUUGAUGGAGAGAGAGACAAUAUCUGGGUUCAAGAAAGACGAUUCUUGGGUGUUUGGCAACAGGCUUAAAUGUGCCCGAUUGGAAGCCAUCACUUGGAUUCUCAAAACUAGAGCAGUUUUUGGAUUUCGAUUCCAAACAGCGUAUCUGUCCUUGACGUACUUUGAUCGAUUCCUUUCCAGGAGGUCCAUCCAUAAUGAACAACUUUGGGCGAUUAGAUUGCUGUCUGUAGCAUGUUUAUCUCUGGCUGCAAAGAUGGAGGAGUUGAACAUUCCAGCACUAUCAGAGUUUCAAUUAGAAGAUUACAAUUUCGAAAGCAAAGUGAUACAGAGAAUGGAGCUUUUGGUAUUGAACACAUUGGAAUGGAGGAUGGCUUUAAUAACCCCAUUUGCUUUUCUUCACUACUUCAUCACCAAAUUUUGCAAUGAAUCUCCACCGACUAAAAUACUUUCUAGAACUGUAGAAUUCAUCCUGGCCACUAUGAAAGAGAUCAGUUUAUUGGAUUAUCGGCCGUCUGUUGUAGCAGCUGCUGCGACAUUGUUGGCAUUGGAGCAAAAAUUAACAAUAAAAGCAUUAGAAUUGAAGAUGAAAUCAAUUUCUCAUUGUAGAUUUCUCAAAAUUGAAGAUGUUCUUUCAUGCUAUAAUAAAAUGCAGGAGAUAAAGAUGGUGAGAAUUGAAGAACAACCUAAGUUUCUUUCACCAGAUUUAUCACCAACCCAUUUGAGUUCUGUUGAUGUAUUAGAAACUUCUUCAGUCUCUGCGUUUUUCAAUAAGAGAAGGAGGCUUGCAUUCAGUAAUUGUGAUCACAAUUAUGGCGUGGCAGAAGGGGAGCGACUCGGGUAAAGAAAUGGAGAAAAUGAGGACAACUGUCAUGUUUAGUGCGUUCUGCGGGCUUGGUGGUGGUGAUGAUGAUUAUAGGCUAAAGAGUGUUCCAUACUUAUUACUUUCAUAGUUAUGAUUUGGAGUUGAUUGAAAAUGGCUCCUCAAGAACAAGAAAAAAAAAAAAAAAAGGUAAAAGAAAAAAAAAAAAAAAUGAAAGAAAGAAAGAAAUAAAAAGCAAAGUUCUGGGCUACUAUCUAUAAAGCUAAGUGCUGUUAAGACAACAAAGUCACGGUGGAAAGAGAGGUCAUAAAAAGGGGAUUGUAUAACUUCUCGCUCACCUGUUCAAUUGGUUGUUUUUUUUCCCCCCAUAUUUUUCAUUCUUUCUGAUAAUUCUGUUUUUCUUUCUUUCUUUAUUUUAUUUAUUUUUUUUUCUGAGAGGAUGGGAUGGGAGUGUUUCCUGUUGCAAUGCAACCCUACCGUUUGAUUGGGUGCUUGGGAUGCUUUCUAGGUGUCAUUGAAAAGGCUGAAAGCAAUGUGGAGUAAGGCAGGGGAAAGAGAAGGGGGAGAGAGAGGUCUAUUUGUGUGAUUUUAAUGCAUCUUUGUUGCAUGUUGGCCAAUGGCCAUCAAAAAAGUUAGGAAAGGUGAAUGUGAUGGGAUUUGUUUGAAUGUUUGGGGGUUGCCUCUCAAGGCGGGCCCUUCUCUUUUCCCUUUGAAGCUCUGGUUUGGCUGUGUGUUGAGGGGUCAUUGGAGCCAGAAGACUCUGUCUGUGUUUAGUACACAAUGGAUGGAAGAGGAGAUUUAUUAUAUGUUGUAUCUAGUCCACAUUUCGUGAGCAAUUGAGUUCCUAACAUGGAUUUUGUAUGAAUGAUGGGAUAGUGAUAUAUCUGAAAAUGAAAGAUUAGAUAUUAAAAACAUUCUUGGCAAGCAAGUUUACAAAAUUAUAUCAUUUAUUUGA